AAAAAAAAACCUUUAUUUUAGAGUCUGCAUCAUUAAUAAAGUUAGAACAAAGACUGAAGUACAACUCGGAAUAUCUGGGGAAAAAAUAGAAAUUGAUCCUGUUAUCACCAGUAAAGGUGCUAGCAGAUUUUGGCAUAGACAACGAGCUGUAACACACAACAUGAACAAUGUUGCUUUUAGUGGAGUAAUAGAUUUUAAAGGAUCAAAAUCCAUUUUUACAUUAAUAAUUAGCCACUGCGAUCCUCACAUUUCUAGAGCAUUAGAAGGCUUAAAUGUAUCCAUUAGCGGCACUCGAUCUCUUAGGCGAUCAGCAUCAUUUAAAAGUUACGAAUUCGAAGCUGAGUCUGCUGUUGCCAAUGAAAUAGUAACAAAAAUAAAUUCUAUAUUGGAAAUGACAAGCAGUGCAACAGUGAAAGAGUAUCAAAAUUAUAAAGACCGUAAAGCUAGAAGAAAAAGUUUCCACACCCACAGAUGACCACUUUACUAUGUUACACGUUUUGUUGUUGUUGAAUAAAAAAA